AGCGCCAUGAGCAUGGUUAUUUCGUAAUGGUAACUUGGAAACUCAAUUGCAUUCCGACCUUCACCUGCCGGCUAUCUUAUCGUCGGCUGCUAAGAGUUCCAAUCGCCUCUGACUCGUGCUGACACAGAUAGAUACACUAGAUAGAUACCGCGACCCGCCGAGGCGCCGUUUUCUCUAACGACCAUUCUAGCCUAGGUGGAGAUGGCACGCGACAAUCAGCCAUUGACCAGGUCUGACGAACAGUAAUAACAAUUGCUACAAUGACCACUAUCUAACUGGGAUUGCUGCCGUGAGUCUUACUUAUGAUCUUUGCGCCGUGAGCACCUCAGCCAAGCAUAAUACCUGGCCUUCUCUUUCACUUUCGACCGGAUUACAGCCCGUCCUGUAUGAAGUCCUCACAAGCGAUUCAAUAAUUGUUGUCCGAGUCAGAACUAACCCCUCAAUCAUGGCGACGUCAACGAGUGCCGGACGCAGGUCCCACGAGAUGGGAGCUGCUGACGAUGCGCUCGCCAAAAUGGGAUACAAGUCGGAGCUUCCGCGAAGUUUGAGCAUGCUGUCCGUUUUGGGUCUUUCGUUCGCCAUCAUGGCCGUGCCUUAUGGUCUGAGUACAACAUUCUACAUCACGCUGUCCAAUGGCCAAUCCGUCACCAUCAUCUGGGGCUGGGUACUCCUCUCCAUCAUCUCAACCGCCAUCGCUGCCUCCUUGGCUGAAAUUUGCUCCGUCUAUCCGACUGCUGGUGGUGUUUAUUACUGGGCCGCUUUGCUCUCAACGCCAAAAUAUGCCCCGAUUGCCAGCUGGAUUACCGGGUGGCUUACCUUGGUCGGUAACUGGACGGUGACCUUGUCUAUCAACUUCGGUGGAGCACAAUUGAUUCUCAGCGCCAUCUCGCUCUGGAACGAAGAUUUCGUGGCCAAUGCAUGGCAGACUGUUCUGAUGUUCUGGUGUGUCACGCUGGUGUGCUAUCUUAUCAACAUCUUCGGCGCGAAAUACUUGGACCAGAUCAAUACGCUCUGCAUUUACUGGACCGGAGCAUCGAUCGUCAUCAUUUUGAUUGUUCUUCUAGUCAUGUCUCCUUCGAAACGCAGCGGGGAAUUUGUCUUCGCACAUUACGACGCAUCUGCGUCCGGAUGGCCGUCCGGAUGGUCAUUCUUUGUGGGCCUGCUGCAGCCUGCUUACGUGUUGACUGGAUAUGGCAUGGUUGCCUCGAUGUGCGAGGAGGUCCAGACCCCAGAGCGUGAGGUUCCCAAGGCUAUUGUUCUGUCCGUCGUGGCAGCUGGCAUCACUGGAUUGAUCUUCUUGAUCCCGGUCUUGUUCGUGUUACCGGAUGUCCAAUUGCUGCUGGGCGUUGCCAAUGGCCAGCCAAUCGGGCUGAUCUUCAAGACUGCCACCGGCAGUGCUGGCGGUGGCUUCGGACUGCUCUUUUUGAUCUUGGGUAUCUGGCUCUUCGCAGGUGUUGGUGCGCUGACCGCUUCAAGCCGUUGCACAUAUGCCUUCGCUCGCGAUGGUGCUAUCCCCGGAUCUGCUAUAUGGAGCAAGGUCGACAAGCGAUUCAACAUUCCGCUGUGGGCUCUCACACUCUCGGCGGUUGUCGACUGCCUUUUAGGACUGAUCUACUUUGGCUCCUCUGCUGCGUUCAGUAGUUUCACUGGUGUGGCUACCAUCUGCCUCUGUACCUCUUAUGGCCUUCCGAUCCUGGUAUUGGUUAUGCGGGGCCGGAAGCAUGUAGAGCAUGCUUCCUUCUCACUCGGAAAGAUUGGAUUCGUUGUCAACGUCACCACGCUGUUAUGGAUCGUGCUAGCCAUCUUCUUGUUUUGUAUGCCCACCAACCUGACUGGACUCGGCCCCUCCACCAUGAACUAUGCCAGCGUCGUGUUUGCAGGCUUUGCAGCCAUUAGUAUGGUGUGGUACGUUGUCUGGGGUCGCAAGCAUUUCUCUGGACCGCCGAUCCUUAAGUCGGAGCUGGCGGACCGCGGUGUAGGUGUGGUCAGGGGCCAUUCCAUUGGCGACGAGGAGACAGCUGUGGGCGGGGAAGUUGCGAAGAAGAGAUCCAACGAGAAGAGUCUAUGAGUUAUUAUUGUUCAAUUAAUGGAAAUCUGUCUGAUUCUCAGAUCACCGAAUCUUGCCUUUUCAAAUUAGCUCGAUCCAAAUGGAAAUAUUUUAACACUUCCUGGGACAGUGAGAUGCGACCGCCGUUCCGCACACAAAGACCGGGCAGAAACACAGCACAUGUCCCUGUAAACUUUUCUGGGAUUCUAGAGCUCUUUCCAUUUUUUUAUCACUAGUCAUAUCAAUAAAAAAUAACUACUGCGAGCCAACCUUUCAAAAUGCCCUCUGAUAAUAUCCGACCAGAUGUCGCGUCCCUUGUUUGCUGGACCACAAGGGAGGAGAGGAUGUAUCUGAAUUCCUUCAAAAAGAAAAAAGACAUCGACUACAGAGGAG